GGCGUUUGUGCCAAGAGGAUGAGGGGCGUCGACGACCACAAGCGCCAGCUCAACCGGCUCAAGCAGAAGCGAUUCCGGGAGCGGUCGAGCGCCGAGCGGGACGCGCUUCAAAACGAGGUCUACAAGCUGCGCAACGUCCUGCGAGCGCUGCAGAAACGCCGGACCAAGGUACCGAGGGCGCCAACGACGACGCCACAGCCGCUCUGUGCCCAGCUCGCGCCCUGGGCCGCCUCGUCGGCCGAGGGCUGCCACGGCGUGACGCUCGUCGCUGACGCGGUCGGGCGCAAGGUCGGACUUGACUGGUAUAGCCAGCAUCUCUUCCACAAUACGGACCGCUUGCUGCAGACUUGUGCGUUUCCGUCCGACGGGAGCGCGGUCGCCGAGCCGAUUCGCUUGUGGGAGACCGGCGCGUCGCUCGAGCUGCUCGCAUGUCAGCAACACGACUUUGCGCGAUCGCUCGAAGCGACUUACUAUGCUCUGCACGACACCAUGUGGGCGCACCUCCGCGGCGACACGGUCGCCAACGUCUCUGAAUUUCUUGAUGUGGAGCUGACAAGGGCCAUCGAUGCCAAGAUGGUCUACCGGCGCAAUGUGCCGCUGCUCGACGAACACAUCUGUUAUGUGAGCCGCGAAUUCCGCGGCGCCAACCGCAUUGUGUUUGUCUGUGGCAACUUUGGCCAUGACGAAAAGCUCCCGCGCGCGUCGCGGUGGCGGUCGCGUCUCUUUUGGUAUGUACUCGACCGAGUGUCGGCGACGCGCACGCGGCUGCGUGUCGUAUGGUACAAUGGCCCGCAGCUCGUCGAUGGCCGCAUCGUGCCGUGGCGAGACGAAGUUGCCGAGGAAUACAUCCAUUUGAUUGGACUUGCCGCCGAUCAACAGCUCGAGCAUUGCAAGCGCGUGAUACAGCCGUUCGCAUUAUCGCAACUAGACUCGUUUACGACGUCGGUGGUGACGGCCGUCCAGUCGACCACCCCUCAAGACGACCCGUAAGCGCCUCUUUCAUACAACUACGUACAGUAACUGUAGCAGUACGCAAGAGAAAUAACUACAUUUUUGUAUUUUUCAAAGCGG